AUAAAACCCCUUCAACACAAAUGCUUUCAAGCCCAAGAAAAUUAUUCGCAAUAGCAUUGAAGAGCAAUGUUGAACACAUUUUCUUUCAUGAAAAUGUCGUUUUACAAAGAAUUGUUCCUCCAAAUUCUGUUGAUUUUCUCUUUGAUUGCUCUUAGUUCCCAAACUCGUUAUCAAACAAAGAGUCAUUAUAAUUUUGUUGUGAAAGAAGCCCGUUACACAAGACUGUGUUGCACAAAAAACAUAUUAACUGUGAAUGGACAAUUUCCAGGGCCAACUAUAAGAGUCCACAAGGGUGAUACAAUCUAUGUUAAUGUGUAUAACAAGGGAAAAUACAACAUAACUAUACAUUGGCAUGGAGUGAAGCAGCCUAGGAAUCCAUGGACAGAUGGUCCUGAGUACAUAACUCAGUGUCCAAUUAAACCUGGAGGAAAAUUCAGACAGAAAGUGAUUUUUUCAGAAGAGGAAGGGACUUUAUGGUGGCAUGCUCAUAGUGAUUGGGCUAGAGCAACUGUCCAUGGAGCUAUCAAUAUAUAUCCUGGAAUAAAUAGUACUUAUCCUUUUCCUAAACCUUAUGGAGAGAUACCCAUCAUAUUUGGUGAAUGGUGGAAGAAUGAUGUCAACAAGGUAUUGACAGAAUCUCUUGAAAGUGGAGGAGCCCCAAACUCAUCUGAUGCUAUCACUAUAAAUGGUCAACCAGGAGAUUUGUAUCUUUGCUCUAAAUCAGAAACAUUCAAGCUAAGAGUAGAACAGGGAAGGACAUAUCUUCUACGUGUUGUUAAUGCUGCAAUGAAUCUCAUUCUCUUUUUCUCAAUUUCUAAACAUAAACUCACUGUUGUUGGUGCUGAUGCUAUGUACACAAAACCAAUGACGAGAGAUUACAUUUGCAUAUCACCAGGACAAACAAUGGAUGUAUUGUUACAUGCCAACCAAGAACCUAGUCACUACUAUAUGGCUGCAAGAGCAUAUUCAAGUGCAGCAGGAUUAGAGUUUGAUAAUACCACAGCCACUGGUAUAGUACAAUACAGUUGGAGUCAUACACCACUUUCAACUCCUUCAUUACCUCAUCUUCCAAACUAUAAUGACACACAAGCAGCUUUUGACUUCAUCAGAAGCAUUAGAGGCUUACCUAAGAAAUACCCCCAUGAAGUCCCAACAAAAAUCACCACUCAUGUGAUAACCACAGUUUCUAUCAACACCUUUCCAUGUCCGAAUGGCCGCCAAACCUGUGAAGGCCCAAAUGGAACCAUUUUAUCAUCUAGCAUGAACAACAUAAGUUUUCAAACCCCUAAUAAAUUUGACAUAUUAGAAGCCUAUUACUAUCAUAUCAACGGGGUAUUCAGCAAGGGAUUUCCAAGUUUUCCACCUUUAAUAUUUAACUUCACUGCAGAUAGUUUCCCUUUGACCUUGAAUACACCAAAAAGAGGAACUAAAGUGAAAGUACUAAAAUAUGGCUCAACAGUGGAACUUGUUUUCCAGGGGACAAAUUUGGUAGGAGGAGGGUUAGACCAUCCCAUGCAUCUCCAUGGAUUUAGUUUCUAUGUCGUCGGAUACGGGUUUGGUAAUUUCAAUAAAAGUAAGCAUCCCAUGAAUUACAAUCUCAUUGAUCCUCCACUUUUGAAUACCCUUAUGGUGCCUAAAAGUGGAUGGGCUGCCGUUAGGUUUCUGGCCUCCAACCCAGGAGUAUGGUUCCUGCACUGUCAUCUAGAACGCCACCUCACUUGGGGCAUGGAGACAGUGUUUAUUGUGAAGAAUGGCAAAUCCUUGAAUGAAACAUUACCUCCUCCGCCACCGGACAUGCCCCUAUGUUGAUUAAUCUUUUAGACUUUUCUUAUGUAUGCUGUGACAUCAUUUCACUUAAUUAGUAGCUAAAUAAAUUACAAUUUUAUAUAUGUAAUUCAAUAGUUUUUAAUUUCAGUCAUUUAAUUUUACUUCUAGAUUGUUGAGUGUGUGCUUCUAGAAUGCUGAGUUGGCAAGGUUGUUAUUGGAUUCCCUUGGUAGUUGUAAUGAUUGGAGAAUUGUUGUAACCAACUUUGCUACAAAUAGUCUUGAUGAUCAAUGAAAGAAAUUAAACGGUAUC